GAGGCCGCUGACGCGGCGGAGUCACCCGGGCAGCCUCGGGACCGGUGACCGGCCCGGCGAGCGUCCAGCGGCCUGGAGCUCUAGCCCGCGCUGUCCGAGCUCGCUGCCCACUCCGGGGCGCACAGGCCGCGUCGCGCGGAGGCCGCGGACACCCGUGGAGGCCGUCCCGGGCGGGUCGCCUCGGUAGGGCGAGGUUUCCGUGACGAGCUUCCCGGGGCUGUCGCGGCCAGCUCGGGCCGUCGUGGCGGCUCGAGCCCCGCGCGCUCGCUUGCGCUCCGGGGGUCGCAGGCCCCAGAAGGUAUGCGCGUCCUCCGGACCCUGGGCGCGGGCUCCUGAAGGACGUCGCGCGUGGACCCCCGAGCCUCGGCAGCCUCCAUUCAUCCAGCAGCUGCGCGCUCGCCGCCUCCGCGCCCGGCCUCGGCGGCGCCUCUUCCCGUCCCCUCUCUGCAGCCCUUUCCCCACUCCUCGCGUGCGGAGGUUCUCCUGGAAGCGUAGGUGUCGGUUAUGAGCCCGGCUUUCCUCCCUUGAAGCUCUCGGUAAAGGAAGUCGGGGUGACCCGCCGCGCCCAGGGUAUGGGGGUGAACGCCGUGCACUGGUUCCGAAAGGGACUCCGACUCCACGACAACCCCGCCCUGAAGGAGUGCAUACAGGGCGCCGACACCAUCCGUUGUGUCUACAUUCUCGACCCCUGGUUCGCCGGCUCUUCCAACGUAGGCAUCAACAGGUGGCGGUUUUUGCUUCAGUGUCUUGAGGAUCUUGAUGCCAAUCUGCGAAAAUUAAAUUCUCGUCUGUUUGUAAUUCGUGGACAGCCAGCUGAUGUAUUUCCCAGGCUUUUCAAGGAAUGGAACAUAACUAAACUUUCAAUUGAAUAUGAUUCUGAGCCUUUUGGGAAGGAACGAGAUGCAGCUAUCAAGAAGCUGGCCAGUGAGGCUGGAGUGGAAGUCAUUGUGCGCAUUUCACAUACUUUGUAUGACCUAGACAAGAUCAUAGAACUCAAUGGCGGACAGCCACCUCUAACUUAUAAAAGGUUUCAGACUCUCGUCAGCAAAAUGGAGCCACUGGAGAUGCCAGCAGAGACCAUCACGUCAGAUGUGAUAGGAAAGUGCACGACCCCUCUGUCUGAUGACCAUGAUGAGAAAUACGGAGUCCCUUCCCUGGAAGAGUUAGGCUUUGAUACAGAUGGCUUGUCCUCUGCAGUGUGGCCAGGAGGAGAAACUGAAGCACUUACACGUUUGGAAAGGCAUUUGGAAAGAAAGGCCUGGGUGGCAAACUUUGAAAGACCUCGAAUGAAUGCAAAUUCCCUGCUUGCAAGCCCAACUGGACUCAGUCCUUAUCUCCGCUUUGGUUGUUUAUCAUGUCGGCUCUUUUAUUUCAAAUUAACAGAUCUCUACAAAAAGGUGAAGAAAAAUAGUUCCCCUCCCCUUUCUCUUUAUGGGCAACUUUUGUGGCGUGAAUUUUUUUAUACAGCAGCAACAAACAACCCACGCUUUGAUAAAAUGGAAGGGAACCCCAUCUGCGUUCAGAUCCCUUGGGAUAAGAAUCCUGAGGCACUGGCCAAAUGGGCAGAAGGCCGGACAGGCUUCCCAUGGAUCGAUGCCAUCAUGACACAACUUCGUCAGGAGGGCUGGAUACACCAUUUAGCCAGACAUGCAGUUGCAUGUUUCCUGACACGUGGUGACCUAUGGAUCAGUUGGGAAGAAGGGAUGAAGGUAUUUGAAGAAUUACUGCUUGAUGCAGAUUGGAGCAUAAAUGCUGGAAGUUGGAUGUGGCUGUCCUGUAGUUCCUUUUUCCAACAGUUUUUCCACUGCUACUGCCCUGUUGGUUUUGGUAGGAGAACAGAUCCCAAUGGUGACUAUAUCAGGCGUUAUUUGCCUGUCCUAAGAGGCUUCCCUGCAAAAUAUAUCUAUGAUCCUUGGAAUGCACCAGAAGGAAUCCAGAAGGUAGCUAAAUGUUUGAUAGGAGUUAAUUACCCUAAACCAAUGGUGAACCAUGCCGAGGCAAGCCGUUUGAACAUUGAAAGAAUGAAACAGAUCUAUCAGCAGCUUUCCCGUUACAGAGGGCUAGGUCUUCUUGCCUCAGUCCCUUCUAAUCCUAAUGGGAAUGGAGGGCUCAUGGGCUAUGCUCCUGGAGAAAAUGUCCCAAGCUGUAGCAGCAGUGGAAGUUGCUCUCAAGGAAGUGGUAUUUUACAUUAUGCUCACGGAGAUAGUCAGCAAACUCACCUGCUAAAGCACGGGAGAAGCUCCAUGGGCACUGGCCUCGGCAAUGGGAAGCGCCCUAGUCAGGAAGAGGACACACAGAGUGUUGGUCCCAAAGUCCAGCGACAGAGCAGUAACUGAUAUGAAAGCAUGCAGGAGGAGUACUGUCGCAGCUGAAAUUGGUGGGAAAGUCAGUACUUUUCAUUUAAAUUAUUUUAAAAUGUCAUUCAUUCAUUCAUUCAUGGAAAACAGUUACAUUUCAAACAUUAUUUCUAAUAACAUUUCUGUGGUUUUUAACUUUUUAAUGAAUGUCACAUAGGACAAGUGGUAAUUUGUAUAUAAGAACUUGGUAACAGAUUUGCUUAAUGUAAAUAGAGUCAGUUAGUAUAGACUCAUCAGUAUAUUUUUGAUAAUUUUUCAUGUAUGGUAAAAGUUAAAGUUAACAGAUAUUCUGAAAUAAAACUGAAAAGUUUUCAGAGUCAUUGCAGGAAAAUGGGAAGUUUUUAGACUUUCUUAAAAGACUUUGUUAAAAUUUUAGGACACAUUUUUCUUGUUAUUGUUGUUCUAAUUUUGCAGUCUUUGAUAAUAAUGCUUUAGAAAAUACAUGUAAUCAAAAUGUGUAUGCCUCUGUCAGCAUGGACAGUCUGCCAUGUGCAGCUGCUCCGACCCACACUGUCUCCCCCUUUUCUUGUUCAUCUACAGCUAAAGUGACUUUGUUAUUAAAGUAUAUGCAAACAUGGAA